CUAGCCUGCCCGUGACCUGCCGUCCGCCGCCAGGAGCUUCCGCGCCGCCUGCACUGGAGCUCGUCCCCCGCCCGCGCCGCCGUCUGCACUGGAGCUCAUCCCCCGCCUAGCUCUUCCCCUGCCAGGAACAGGAGGCCUGAAGUAGUAGCAGUAAGCCAGGAGCUCGCCCCCUUCCGCGCCGCCUGGAAGCUCAUUCAAGGUCGCACUGAUAAUAAAUCUUCAAUAGUCCAAUCUUCCAUAGUUCUUGCUGCUGCCUGCUAUUUAAUGCUGCUGUUGCUGUCCUCCUACUGCCUGCUCUUUACUGCUGCUGUGGCUGUCCUGUUGCUGCCUGUUGCUUACUGCUACGUGCUACUGCCUGCUGCUACUUGCUGCUGUUGCGUGCUUGCUGCUGCUGUUGCUGUCCUGCUGCUGCUGCGUGACUGCUGCUGUUGUUGCUUGCUGCUACUGUUGCUUGCUGUCCUCUGCUUACUGCUGCUGUCCAGAACUCCAGAUGGCAAACACUGCUGAUAGUGAUGAAGGAGCUGGUGCAUCUGCAGCUGUUCUCAAAGUGACGGAUACGAUCCAUUAAAGGAUCCAUGAAGAAAGCCAAAUUCUGAUGACCCGGGAUGGAAGUAUGCCUAUUAUGUUGAGCCUGGCAAGCGAGAGUUGAUCCAAUCCUUCCUUUGCCCAAGGAGGAUUAUAGGGGGAAUCUUGAGGGUGAAGCAACAUCUUGUAGGUGGGUACAAAGAUAUCAUAAAGUGUCCCAAUACCACAACUGCGAUUGCUAAAGAGUUGAAAGCAGAUUUGGAUGAUGGAAAAAGGGGCAGGCCAGUAUACCUUGAUGACCAGGCAAGUGAAGCAGCAGAGGAAGAUGUUGCGGAAGUGGAAACAAAUCAAGCAGUAGUCAUCAGCUAGAGGAAAUAGCAGCUCUGGAACAACCAGCAAAAGAAAGCAAUCAGGAAGCAAGCUACCAACUGCUCCAGCAUCAAAGAAGCCCAUUACAGCUUUGCUACGACGUACACCACAAGAGGUUGUAGCGGAGAGGUAUGCCAAAGGUUCUUAUCAAAGAACCAUCAAUGCUGCAAUGAAACCCAAAGAAGAAAGAGAUGAUGUUUGUUUGGAGAUAGUUAAGUGGUUCUAUGAGUGUGGCAUACCAUUCAAUGCUGCCAACUCAAGAUAGUUUGAGAUUGCUGUAGAGGCCAUUGCACAGUAUGGUUCAGGGUUCAAGCCCCCUAGUUAUCAUGAGCUACGAGAACCAUUGCUUGGGAAGGUCGUGAAAGAGACUGAUGGUGGUAGGAAUAAGCAUGAGGAUGCAUGGAGUCAGUAUGGCUGCACCCUCAUGUCAGAUGGAUGGAUAGAUAGGAGGGGUCGUCAUCUAAUAAACUUCCUAGUUAACAGCCCACAAGGAACAUAUUUUUUUAGAGUCAGUGGAUGCAUCAAAUGAGUCUCAUGAUGCUAUGAUGCUUGCAGACCUAUUAGAUAAGAGAAUUGAGAAGAUUGGUAGGGAUAAAGUUGUACAGAUUGUCACUGACAAUGGUGCCAACUACAAGGCAACAGGUAGAUAUUUGGUUGAGAGGACUCCUACCUUAUUUUGGACCCCUUGUGCUGCUCAUUGCUUGGACCUUAUGUUAGAGGACAUAGGAAAAUCGAAGGAUUUUAAGAAGCCCAUUACACGUGCUCGUCAUGUCACAACAUUCAUAUAUAGGUAUGGGAGAAUUCUAAGUGAGACGAGGGUGCACACAAAAGGUAUGGACCUUGUGAGGCCUGCUGCUACUAGAUUUGCUACUGCAUUCCUCACCUUGAGGAGUUUACACAAGCAUAAGGAUGCAUUGAGAGCCUUAUUUUCUGGAGAUGUUUUUACUCGCUCCAAAGUGGCUAAAACAGAGGCAGGGAAAAAUGUAUAUGAAAUUAUUUUCUCAACACAAUUUUGGAAUUCAAUAGAGGACUGCCUUAGAGCUUCUUUACCACUACUUGUUGUGCUAAGAUUGGUUGAUGGUGAUGAGAAGCCUGCCAUGCCUGAGGUUGCAGCAGCUAUGAAUAUAGCAAAGCAAAAAAAUUAAGUCAUCUUUCUCUACUCAAAACAAGCAAUCUUGCAUGAACCGCAUCAUGAAAAUUGUUGAGAACCGUUGGGUGAAACAAAUGGACACUCCAUUGUAUGGCAGCACUCUAUUUGAAUCCUGGAAAAUUCUACAACAUGAAACAAAGUGAUGAUGAUGGCUAUGUUGGAGAGCUAAGGGGUUGCUUCAACAAUGUACUUGUUAAAAUGGUGGCAGAUGAGGACCUUAGAGACAAAAUUGAUGGCCAGGCGGUCCAUUAUGAGAACCAAAGAGAAGCAUUUGCAAACCCAAUGGCCAUAAAAAAUGCGCAAACAAGAAAUCCACUUGACUGGUGGCUUGCAUAUGGUGGUAGAACCAUUGAGCUAUAUAAGUUUGCAAGGCGGAUUGUUAGUCUUUGUGCUUUAUCAUCCGGUUGUGAGCGCAAUUGGAGCACAUUUGAAUUUAUGCAUACUAAGAAAAGGAACAGGCUAGAGCACAAAAGAUUGAAUGAUUUGGUGUAUGUUUCAUACAAUAGAAAGAUGACAGCUAGGUUCCAAAAAAUGCGUGAAGAAGGAAAGAACUUCGAUCCUUUGGUUCUUGAAGAUUUUGAUUGGGACAGUGAGUGGGUUGAUCCAUUAGCUAAUUCAUCACAUAUUGGGGAUGAUCCUCUUUUCACAUGGAACCAUGUUGAUCAUGCCACUGGUGCAUCUACACAACUUCAAGGACGCAAUUUUUCUAGGCGAGCUCAUGGUAGUCACGUGUCAAGAUUUGAGGAAGAUGAAGAUGGUCUUGACGUGGGUGAAGAAAACGAGAAUGAUGAAAAUUUUGUGCUUGAUGACCUUGAUAUGGAUGAUGAUGAAGCAACAAACAACAAAGGUGACGAUGGCGAUGAGGAAGGCAAUGAUAAUGCUGGUUUUGAGGAUUUGGAUGAUGGUUAUUGAGACAUGAUAGAUGGGUGAUUGAAUAACGCUUGUGUGCUUGUCAUUGUGGACAUUUCAUUGCAUGUUUACUUGCUUUUGCGCUUGUGGGUGUGGACUUGAAAUGCUACUAUUCUAUUUUGUUGUAUGUUUGUGGUUGUGGACAUGUCAUUUUAGGAACUAUUAUU